AAAACUAUUAUAGAUUUUAAGAUUACACGUUAUAACGUUUUAUAACUACUGCUUCUGUACGCCCGGACAAGAUAGUUCGAUAUUAAUUAUAAAUAACGUUUCGAUUCGAACGAUUACAUGUAAACACAUGGAAAAGUUGAAAAGAGGUCCUGGCGUCUCUGAGCUUCGUAACUGACUUCGGAAGAUCAACAGUCGUCGCAGAACGGAGCGAUAAAAUACAGUGAAUAUAAAAUACCGUAAUGGACGAUCCGAAAAAUCGUCGUUACGAAAUACCGGUAAACUAUUUCUCGGUACACGUUAAAAUAUUGAGAUUUUUCGGACUCUGGUCCUACGAUUCGAACGGAUUUUCAGAACUGAUUUACACCGUCUACCAAACGGCAUUUUUAUUCGCCUUCGGCUACCUCUUCACCGUACUUGAAAUAAUCCAAUUGUACUAUUCCUGGGAUAAUUUUGACGAUUUUAUAAACAAUCUUUGCUACGCCAUCGUUCACGUGAUGGCCUGUUCGAAGAUAUCCUUGAUCCUGAUCAGGGCGAGAGAGAUCAAGAAGGUCACCGAAUCCUUCGAGGCUGGGAUAUUCCGAAUAAUACCAGGGAACAGAACGGAAGACGAAGAGAGAUUGGUAUCCGAGUGCGUGUUCCGCACACGAAGAUUAUUGAAGAUAUAUUUCAUCAUCGGUACGUCGGUCGUCAUGAACGGACUCCUCUGUCCGCUUUACGUGUCCUCGGAUUUCGGCAAAUCGUCGAAAACACACGAAAAUUCGAACGUAACAGAUAAUUUUCAUCGGGCGAGCGGACAGCGAAGAACUUUGCCGUACAUGAGUUACUUUCCUUUCGAUAUCGACCGGACACCGAGCCACGAAAUUGCGUACGCUUAUCAGGGAAUUUCCAUGAUGACUCUGAGUCCUGUUAUCGUGACCACGGACGUGUUGUACGGCAGCAUUCUCCUCCACAUAGCAACCCAACUCAGAGUGCUCAGAAGUACGUUGAUAUCGAUGAAGAAAAUAGCCCACGAUAAAUUAUCUAAAAAGAACGAUCGUCGCCAUCGUUCCUCGAGUUUCAAGAUCCGCGCUGCCCCCGAGGAACAGAAUCUGGCCGAUGAAAUGUACGCGAUUUUAAAACGCUGCGUUUUACAUCAUCACGCCAUAAUGAGACUGGUGGAUGAAAUGGAACGAAUAUUCAGCAUGUUGGUAUUGCUGCAAUUUCUCUGCAAUUUGGUCAUCAUGUGUUUCCCCCUCUUUCAAAUUACCUCGGUGCCUGUGGUGAGUUUUCCAUUUUUCUCUAUGGUCUCCUUGAUGACCGCGAUGAUGUAUCAGCUUUUUAUAUUCUGCAACUGUGGCGACGAAGUUACGCAGGAGAGUUUAUUGCUGGCUAAUUCCGCAUAUUUUUGCGACUGGUACGGUUCCUAUUCGUCGAUCGAGAUGCACCGAGCUAUUCUCUUGGUGAUCGUCAGAUCGCAGAGGCCCCUCAGACUGACGGUGGCAAAGUUCGCCACCCUUUCGCGAGCGACUUACCUGAGGGUCGUCCAGGGCUCAGCGUCGUACUUCAUGUUCCUCAGGAGGAUUCGGGACGAGCAAUAAAACGUUGUUGCUAAUCUACGGGGGCUGAAGAAACGAAGAAAAUUCAAAGGAGCGCUAUCCUAUCGGUUAGAAUUAAGGACGACGCGAAACUAUCGAUCCUGAGGCACGUGACUCUCCAGAGAUCGAAAAAAUAACAAAUCACUGUAGAACCUUUGUAAAAUACGAAGAAUAUAACGAGACAUUGUAUAGGCUGCAGAUGAGAGGGAGAGAGAAAUUUGUCGCACCCUCGAAAUGGGAAGGAAGCGCAACAAUUGUUUUCCGCAUUUCGAAGUUGACGGGCUCGAAUUAAAACACCCUAUACGUAUAUCUCUCCGCCUGGACCAAUCGCGUCCUAAACUUUGGAGAUUAAGAUCGCGCGGCUCUGAGCCGGGUGAGUCAAUUCCUGGUCCAGUGGUCCAUUAGUCGGGUUUCCUUCGUUUUUUUUUUUUCCUUUUUUUUUCUCUCAUCUCCGUUAUAUCAUUGCGGGUAAGAAAAAGGAAGAAGAAAACCACGCUUCCCAUCUUCUUCGAUAUAUACCGUACACAUACCUCGAAGUGUGUUGGAAAAUUUAAAACUCCACAUCCAACGAAC